AAAGCUCUCGCCAGGACUCUUGAGUCCCUAGAGACUCACAAACUAGAUCUUGGAAACAGGGGCAUUACCAUUAUCACUCCCACACUAGCUAACUCCAAACGUGCUUACUUUUUCCUUUUCCUUUUUCAGUGAUAAGCUUUCUCUUUAUCUGUCUCUUUUACACAAACAGGCACGCCUUCUUUCAUUCAAGUUGCUCUUCUUCAACAUUGUUCUAGCUGGAUGAUUAUAAAGAACUGAGUGAGAAUGCAGAGGUGGGUGAUCCAAAUGUACGUUCCUAUCUUCAUUUUCUGCACUAUAUUGGUUUAGCUUGAGCAGAUAUUAUGUGUGAAGACAUGUGUCAUUCCAAUUGUUUGUACUUUACCUGGAUUUUAUGUGUUCUUUAUGUUCCAUUCAUUACAAGCGCUUCUUUUAUUCCAAAAGAUAGUAUUUUGAUUGAUUGUGGUGGAAGUAAGGCGUUGAAACUCGAUGAUGGCCGAGUUUUUGAGCCUGAUUCUUGGAGUCAGUAUGUUGGGCUGUCUCCAAAUUCCCACAUUGUGGUUUCUGGAAACAAAAUAGGCAAGUCAAAUGACUCAAUUCUUUAUAAUUCUGCUCGGGUUUUUAAAGAAACUUCUACCUACACUAUCAAUACUAAGCAGAUUGGCCGCCAUUGGCUAAGGUUGCAUUUUUGUCCAGUGGAGAGUCCACAUUAUAAUUUGAAAUCUGCGGUAUUUUCAGUUGUGGCUAAUGGAAUUGUGCUGCUUCAUGGGUUUUCUCUUUCCAAGUCAGGCAAACAGUCCUGUCUUUUUAAAGAAUAUGCAAUUGAGGUGGGUGGUUCAAGUUCAGAAAAGUUGGUGCUAACCCUGUCUCCCUUCAAUGGUUCAAUUGCAUUUAUUAGUGGAAUAGAGGUAGUUUCUAUGCCUGAGGGGCAAUUCCCUCCUAGUGCAUUGCCUGUGCCACUAGGGCCUGCAGUUGAGAUCCCCACUCAUGUAGCUUUUGAGACGGCUUACAGAAUUAACAUGGGAGGUCCACUUCUAACUCCUAAGAAUGAUUCACAAUCGAGGAUAUGGGAACCAGAUCAAUCUUUUCUUGUUCAUGCUGCUACAGCUCGGAAUGUAGUAUCUAAUCCCAGUUUGGUCAAAUACCUUGAUGGGGUAUCAGUAGAAAUUGCACCCAAUUGGGUUUAUGCGACGGCACAAGAAAUGGCGGAUGCAAAUGUCACUGAUCAGAGGUUUAACAUUUCAUGGGCAUUUGAAGUUGAACCCAUGUUCACCUAUCUUAUUAGGAUGCAUUUUUGUGACAUUGUUAGCGCAAGUCUUCAUAAUUUGGUUUUCAAUGUGUAUAUUAACAAUCAAUCUGCUCUAGAUUCUUUCGAUAUCUCAAGCAAAACAAUGGAAUUGUCAGCUGCUUACUUCAUAGACUUUGUUGCCAAUGUUUCAAUGGUCUCAAAUCGGAUUUUGGUUCAAGUAGGUCCUCCUGAUCUAAGGUAUUUCCCAACCAAUGCAAUUCUAAAUGGUUUGGAGAUAAUGAAAAUGAGCAAUCCCAGCGACGGCCUUGUCAGAAAUCUUAGACCAGAUUAUAUUGAUUCCAAGACCCCCAAGAGAAAAAAGUGGGUACUGCUGGCAAUUACUUCUUCAAUCGGUUUUGCAUUUUUGGUGCUCAUCUCAGCGGCUUUUUACUUGUAUUUGUGCCAUCCAAAGAAGCCAAAGCGGCAGAGCUCAGUUUGGUUGCCACUUGCUACACACGUAGGAAAUUCUGAUAGCAAAGUUACAAUUGGUAGCUUUGCUUCAACAGCACAUUCUCGUAGUCUCAGCCGUGUUCUAGCUUUCUCUGAGGUUCGUGAAGCAACAAAGAACUUUGAUGAACACUUGGUUCUUGGUGUUGGGGGUUUUGGGAAGGUUUAUAAGGCAGUGCUAGAAAAUGGGGAUGUGGUUGCAGUAAAGCGAGGAAACCCAAGAUCCCAGCAAGGAUUUACUGAAUUCAGAAAUGAAAUAGAGAUGCUUUCCAAGCUCCGUCACAGACACCUGGUUUCUCUUAUUGGCUACUGUGAAGAGCUUGAUGAGAUGAUCCUUGUCUAUGAGUUCAUGGCUGGCGGUCCCCUUCGUAAGCACUUGUAUGGCUCAGGUCUUCCCCCAUUAACUUGGAAGCAAAGGCUUCAAAUUUGCAUUGGAGCUGCAAAAGGUUUGCACUACCUUCAUACUGGAGCAGCAGAGAGUAUUAUCCACCGUGAUGUUAAAACAACCAACAUACUACUUGAUGAAAAUCUCACUGCAAAAGUGGCAGAUUUUGGAUUGUCUAAAUUAGGCCCCACUCUGGAUCAAACCCAUGUGAGUACAGCAGUGAAGGGGAGCUUUGGUUACCUCGAUCCUGAGUACUUUCGUCGACAACAACUCACAGAAAAAUCUGAUGUGUAUUCUUUUGGAGUAGUACUAAUGGAGGUGCUAUGUGCUAGGCCAGCUAUAAACCCUUCUCUUCCAAGGGAACAGGUUAACAUAGCAGAAUGGGCCAUGUACUGGCAAAAGAGGGGGCAGUUAGAGAAGAUAAUAGAUCCCCAUCUUGUAGGAUCUGUUAAUCUUGAAUCCCUGCGAAAAUUUGGUGAAACAGCAGAGAAGUGCCUAGCUGAAUAUGGGACUGACAGGCCCACAAUGGGAGACAUCUUGUGGAAUUUGGAGUAUGCUCUUCAGCUUCAAGACGCUUCUAUACAAAUGGUUUCGGCUGAGAACAGUGCAAAUUAUAUUCCGGAUAUUCCAGAAUGGGUUCCCCAAAUUGAAACCGCUGAAGGUGGUGGUGCUGACAGUGUUAGCUACAAAGAAUCUGAUACAGUAACAUCAAGUGGAGUAUUCUCACAGUUGGGGGAUCCAAGUGGAAGAUAGUUUGGCAAGAGAAUGGACAUAUUAUUCAACCAACAAGAAAGAGAAAACUCAGGGCAAAGCCUGUUACAAAAUACACCAUGACAAUCAGACUCAACAGAGGAUAUCAAGUCCGCAGGUGGAGCAGAAUGGACAACAAAAUCUAAAGGUUGUGAAUGACCUGAAUUAGCUAAACGAUCCGCACAUUUAUUAACCUCUCGAUAGAUAUGUUUAAUACGAACUUGGGGAAUUUGCAAAGCCAGAUGCUUGCAAUCGUCAAAUAUAGGUGAGAUCACUGAGUUGUUGUAUGAAGGAUUGCUUAGAGAUAUAUCUU